GUCCCCUGCAGGCUUGAGCCCCUUUCAUCUAGUACACACAUUCGAGAAACCAAGCUCCCACCCACUCCCAUCCACUGCAGGCACAGCCAUGGUGGAUGCGGAGAUGGCCGCCUUUGGGGCCGCCGCCCCCUUCCUGCGAAAGUCAGAGAAGGAGCGGCUGGAAGCCCAGACCCAACCUUUUGACCUCAAGAAGGAUGUCUUCGUGCCUGAUGACAAAGAGGAGUUCGUCAAGGCCAAAAUUUUGUCUCGAGAGGGUGGCAAAGUCACUGCUGAGACUGAGCAUGGCAAGACGGUGACCGUGAAGGAGGACCAGGUGAUGCAGCAGAACCCACCCAAGUUUGACAAGAUCGAGGACAUGGCCAUGCUGACCUUCCUGCACGAACCUGCCGUGCUCUACAACCUCAAGGAACGCUAUGCCUCUUGGAUGAUCUACACCUACUCGGGCCUCUUCUGUGUCACCGUCAAUCCCUACAAGUGGCUGCCGGUAUACAAUGCAGAGGUGGUGGCUGCCUACCGGGGCAAGAAGAGGAGCGAGGCGCCGCCCCACAUCUUCUCCAUCUCUGACAACGCCUAUCAGUACAUGCUGACAGACAGAGAAAACCAGUCCAUCCUGAUCACUGGGGAAUCUGGGGCAGGAAAGACUGUCAACACCAAGAGGGUCAUCCAGUACUUCGCUGUUAUUGCCGCCAUUGGGGAUCGCAGCAAGAAGGAGCAGACCCCAGGGAAGGGCACUCUGGAGGACCAGAUCAUCCAGGCCAAUCCUGCCCUGGAGGCCUUUGGCAAUGCCAAGACAGUCCGGAAUGACAACUCCUCCCGCUUUGGGAAAUUCAUUCGAAUCCAUUUUGGGGCGACCGGAAAGUUGGCGUCUGCAGACAUAGAGACCUACCUUCUGGAAAAAUCCAGAGUUAUUUUCCAGUUGAAAGCGGAGAGAGACUAUCACAUUUUCUACCAAAUCCUGUCUAACAAAAAGCCCGAGCUGCUGGACAUGCUGCUGAUCACCAACAACCCCUAUGAUUAUGCAUUCAUCUCCCAAGGAGAGACCACGGUGGCCUCCAUUGAUGACGCUGAAGAGCUCAUGGCCACUGAUAAUGCCUUUGAUGUGCUGGGCUUCACUUCAGAGGAGAAGAACUCCAUGUACAAGCUGACGGGUGCCAUCAUGCACUUUGGAAACAUGAAGUUCAAACAGAAGCAGCGAGAGGAGCAGGCUGAGCCAGACGGCACUGAAGAGGCUGACAAAUCUGCCUACCUCAUGGGGCUCAACUCAGCUGACCUGCUCAAGGGGCUGUGCCACCCUCGAGUGAAAGUGGGCAAUGAAUAUGUCACCAAGGGGCAGAAUGUCCAGCAGGUGGCAUAUGCCACCGGGGCACUGGCCAAGGCAGUGUACGAGAAGAUGUUCAACUGGAUGGUGACACGGAUCAAUGCCACCCUGGAGACCAAGCAGCCACGCCAAUACUUCAUAGGCGUCCUGGACAUCGCCGGCUUCGAGAUCUUCGAUUUCAACAGCUUUGAGCAGCUGUGCAUCAACUUCACCAACGAGAAGCUGCAGCAGUUCUUCAACCACCACAUGUUCGUGCUGGAGCAGGAGGAGUACAAGAAGGAAGGCAUCGAGUGGGAGUUCAUCGACUUUGGCAUGGACCUGCAGGCCUGCAUCGACCUCAUCGAGAAGCCCAUGGGCAUCAUGUCCAUCCUGGAGGAGGAAUGCAUGUUCCCCAAGGCCACUGAUAUGACCUUCAAGGCCAAGCUGUAUGACAACCACCUGGGCAAGUCCAACAACUUCCAGAAGCCACGCAACAUUAAGGGGAAGCCGGAAGCCCACUUCUCCCUGAUCCAUUACGCCGGCACCGUGGACUACAACAUCCUGGGCUGGCUGCAGAAGAACAAAGACCCACUCAACGAGACGGUGGUGGCCUUGUACCAGAAGUCUUCCCUCAAGAUGCUCAGUAACCUGUUUGCCAACUAUGCGGGCGCUGAUGCACCUAUUGAUAAAGGCAAAGGCAAAGCCAAGAAAGGCUCAUCCUUUCAGACUGUGUCAGCUCUGCACAGGGAAAAUCUGAACAAGUUGAUGACCAACUUGCGCUCUACACAUCCCCACUUCGUGCGUUGCAUCAUUCCCAAUGAGACAAAGUCUCCAGGAGUGAUAGACAACCCCCUGGUCAUGCACCAGCUGCGCUGUAACGGUGUGCUGGAGGGCAUCCGCAUCUGCAGGAAGGGCUUCCCCAACCGCAUCCUCUACGGGGAUUUCAGGCAGAGGUAUCGCAUCCUGAAUCCAGCGGCCAUCCCCGAGGGCCAAUUCAUUGACAGCAGGAAAGGGGCAGAGAAGCUGCUGGGCUCCCUAGACAUUGACCACAAUCAGUACAAGUUCGGCCAUACCAAGGUGUUCUUCAAGGCUGGGCUACUGGGGCUGCUGGAGGAGAUGCGUGACGAGAGGCUGAGCCGCAUCAUCACCCGCAUCCAGGCCCAGUCCCGGGGUGUGCUCUCCAGAAUGGAGUACAAGAAGCUGCUGGAACGCAGAGACUCCCUGCUGAUAAUCCAGUGGAACAUUCGGGCCUUCAUGGGGGUCAAGAACUGGCCCUGGAUGAAGCUCUACUUCAAGAUCAAGCCGCUGCUGAAGAGCGCAGAGACAGAGAAGGAGAUGGCCACCAUGAAGGAGGAGUUUGCACGCAUCAAAGAGGCGCUGGAGAAGUCAGAGGCUCGCCGCAAGGAACUGGAGGAGAAGAUGGUGUCCCUGCUGCAGGAGAAGAAUGACCUCCAGCUCCAAGUGCAGGCGGAACAAGACAACCUGGCUGAUGCAGAGGAACGCUGUGACCAGCUGAUCAAGAACAAGAUCCAGCUGGAGGCCAAGGUGAAGGAGAUGACAGAGAGGCUGGAGGACGAGGAGGAGAUGAAUGCAGAGCUCACUGCCAAGAAGCGCAAGCUGGAAGAUGAGUGCUCUGAGCUCAAAAGGGACAUUGAUGACCUGGAGCUGACGCUGGCCAAGGUGGAGAAGGAGAAGCAUGCAACAGAGAACAAGGUGAAGAACCUGACAGAGGAAAUGGCUGGGCUAGAUGAGAUCAUCGCCAAGCUGACCAAGGAAAAGAAGGCUCUGCAGGAGGCCCACCAGCAAGCCCUAGAUGACCUUCAGGCCGAGGAGGACAAGGUCAACACCCUGACCAAGGCCAAAGUCAAGCUGGAGCAGCAGGUGGACGAUCUGGAGGGGUCCCUGGAGCAGGAGAAGAAGGUACGCAUGGACCUGGAGCGAGCAAAGCGGAAGCUGGAGGGCGACCUGAAGCUGACCCAGGAGAGCAUCAUGGACCUGGAGAACGACAAGCAGCAGCUGGACGAGCGGCUGAAAAAGAAGGACUUUGAACUGAAUGCCCUCAAUGCCAGGAUUGAGGAUGAGCAGGCCCUCGGCAGCCAGUUGCAGAAGAAGCUCAAAGAGCUUCAGGCUCGCAUCGAGGAGCUGGAGGAGGAGCUGGAGGCUGAGCGCACAGCCAGGGCCAAGGUGGAGAAGCUGCGCUCAGACCUGUCCCGGGAGCUGGAGGAGAUCAGCGAGCGGCUGGAAGAGGCCGGCGGGGCCACGUCCGUGCAGAUCGAGAUGAACAAGAAGCGCGAGGCCGAGUUCCAGAAGAUGAGGCGGGACCUGGAGGAGGCCACGCUGCAGCACGAGGCCACGGCGGCGGCCCUGCGCAAGAAGCACGCCGACAGCGUGGCCGAGCUGGGCGAGCAGAUCGACAACCUGCAGCGUGUGAAGCAGAAGCUGGAGAAGGAGAAGAGCGAGUUCAAGCUGGAGCUGGAUGAUGUCACCUCCAACAUGGAGCAGAUCAUCAAGGCCAAGGCUAACCUGGAGAAGAUGUGCCGGACCCUGGAAGACCAGAUGAAUGAGCACCGAAGCAAGGCCGAGGAGACCCAGCGUUCUGUCAACGACCUCACCAGCCAGCGGGCCAAGCUACAGACUGAGAAUGGUGAGCUGUCUCGGCAGCUGGAUGAGAAGGAGGCACUGAUCUCCCAGCUGACCCGAGGCAAGCUCACCUACACCCAGCAGCUGGAGGACCUCAAGAGGCAGCUGGAGGAAGAAGUUAAGGCGAAGAACGCCCUGGCCCACGCACUGCAGUCAGCCCGACACGACUGUGACCUGCUGCGGGAGCAGUACGAGGAGGAGACGGAGGCCAAGGCUGAGUUGCAGCGCGUCCUGUCCAAGGCCAACUCGGAGGUGGCCCAGUGGAGGACCAAGUAUGAGACAGAUGCCAUCCAGAGGACAGAGGAGCUUGAAGAAGCCAAGAAGAAGCUGGCCCAGCGGCUGCAGGACUUUACCAUAAAAAUUAUAAGGAGAGUGCAAGUGUUUGUUGGGGAUCAGAAUGUAGAAUCGGGUGAGGAUGCUACAUUCAGGGUAACGACCACGGCGGGGGAGGGGUGUGCUGCCUCCAAUGAGUGUGCCCUCGUCACUCCUAACCCUGCCCCCCCCCCGGACCCCCAGACGGAGGAGGACAGGAAGAACCUCCUGAGGCUACAGGACCUGGUGGACAAGUUGCAGCUGAAGGUCAAGGCCUACAAGCGCCAGGCUGAGGAGGCGGAGGAACAGGCCAACACCAACCUGUCCAAGUUCCGCAAGGUGCAGCACGAGCUGGAUGAGGCAGAGGAGCGGGCGGACAUCGCCGAGUCCCAGGUCAACAAGCUGCGGGCCAAGAGCCGCGACAUCGGCACCAAGGGCUUGAAUGAGGAAUAGCUUUGCCACAUCUUCUUGAUCUGCCCAGUCCCGAGGGUGCUGAUGAAGCCCCCAGUUCCAGAGUCUAUAUAGCAGCCCCUUUGGAUGAAGCAGAAUAAAGCUAUUUUCUUUGAAGCCAA